ACUUAAUUAAAGCACAUAUUUGCUAAACAAAAAGAUCUUAACUACUCUUUAUUUUUGUGGAUGUAUUUGCUCUAAUGAUACUGCAGAGACAAUAAAAACAGGUUAAUAAAUAAAUAAAAUAAACAAUAGGAAUGGAAGUUACUGGGCGUAAAGAGUCUUCCAUGUCUGCUAUAUUCUGUCGUCCAUGUCAGCGUGAUAAUGAAACAGUACACGCGGAGGGUUAUUGUGAGACUUGUAAUGAACAUAUAUGCUCAUCAUGCAUUACGGCACACCGGAAGUUGGCCAGCACAAAAAGUCACAUAAUUAAAUCCAAAGAAGAAAUGCCGACAAAUCAGGCAGAAAGCGAUCCAUGCACUGAGCUCUGUGAUGUUCAUGUAAACGAAAUAGUAAAGUUUUAUUGUCAAGAGCACGACAGCGUUGGUUGUGGAGAUUGUAUGGUACUUCAACAUACCUCUUGCAAGGUUCAACUCGUUUCAGAUAUAUCGAGCAACUAUGAAAACGGUGACGAUCUUUUUGGAAUCAAACACAGAAUUGAUUGUAUCCAAAAGAAUAUUGCAUCAUAUGAAAAAGAAAUAGAAUGCUGUCUGAAAACAGCUGAAGAAAUAAAAACCAAUGCCAUCAGCGAUAUUAAACGAUUCCGUAAAGAAAUUGAAGACUACCUGAACAAAAUGGAAGCAGAUCUGUUACAAAAGGUUGAUGAGAUGAGUGCUAGCGAUUUCACAACACUGCGGAAGCUUCCGGAUAAAUGCAAGACAUUGGCAAGUAACAUUGAAGAAUUUCGAAAUAAGCUAGAAAAGUGUAAAGACAAUGUCGAUUCUUUGUUUGUGGCAUCUAAAAUCGUAAAAGAAAGACUUUAUAAGUGUCAAGAAAUGAAUGAGGAAAUUUCAUUUAAAAGUAAAAUAAACGCAUUCAAAUUCAUGCCCUCUGAACAUAUCAACAAUUUGAAAAUAAGCAACGAAUGCCUUGGCAAUCUUAACACACACGUGAAGAGAUUUGCGGAACAAUGUAAGAGACCAAUUAUUGGCAUGAAGACAAGCUUUUUACAGAAACUAAGCAUUGAAGCGAAAUAUGACAGAGACUGUUUCAUAAAGGGGAUGGCAGUAAUAUCUGAAGAUGAAAUUCUGUGUGCAGAUGUUCACAACAGCUCAUUGAAAGUUUUAAAUCAUAGAAAAGGCAAAAUCACAUCAACCGUGCAGUUGGAAACUUUUCCCGCUGGAGUCACUACAAUUACCCCGUCAUCAGCUGCAGCCACUUUACCAAUCAAAGGCAAAAUCUUGUUCCUGAGAACACAAAGUCGAUUAAAGAAAAGUCAUAAAAUAUCUGUCCGAAAAGGAUGCCAGGCAAUAGAUCAUUGCGAUGGUAAAAUUGCUGUUACUUUUUGCGAACCUCCCUCUGUUCUGGUGAUGGACACGAAAGGUCAAAUUCUCCUUGAUCUUGUGGAUACAGGUCUACUGAACUCUCCACGAUAUAUAUCCAUGAGUAACAAUAAUAAGAGUAUGCUAGUAUCAGACUUGGAUAACGAAGCCGUGUAUGAAUUUAACCUCAAGGGAGAGCUGCAAGCUACAAAUAAAAGUGUAAAGAUGGGCAAGCCGGCAGGAAUAACAGUUACCAACUGUGGAUGUGCUGUUGUUUGUUAUCGAGGUAAAAGCGAAAAAGCCGGACUGAUUGUACCUGAAACAAGGAAAAUACUGCCUCUCUACCUGCAUAAUGUACUAAUACCAUGCUCUAUCCUGAUUUCUGAAGAACAACGCAAGUUGUUUAUCAGUGAACACGAAACAUCAACAGACUGCAAUGUCAUAAAAAUGUUUGAUUACAAGUAAUGUCAUUGUUGUCACAUAAAAAGUUGUUUUUUUAUAAUAUACAAUGUAUAAAGUAUUCUGUCGAUCAUUUUGAGGUGUUCGUAUUUAUUUUCUUUAUGUAGAAUAUUUUAGAUAGUCUCACAAUGUGUAUGCGUGUAACAUAUGUAGUUAAGAACUAUUUCUGUGUUAUGAUUUACAUAUUUAAACAGUACAGUACAUGUAUUACGUUUGAUUCUUUCUGUUAACACAUAAACACUUAAUGUUCAAGUUCUUCAUCUUCCGGACUUCAUUUCAUGUAAUUAGUUUCGUAUUACAAACAAUUAUGUGAAUAACUAGAGAUGUUCUUUUCAUAAAACAGUUGAAUGACGAAUGUAUGUACUUCUAAAUCACGUAAAAAAGAACCCCCAAAAUUCAACCAACACUUGUCAAAUAAAUAAAUAAAAGAUAAAUGCUUGUCUACAUUUUUUGUGUUAGUAAGUUGAUGAAAUAGUUUAGUUUAGUUAGUUAGACUUGA